AAUCCGUUGAGCAAGGGGGCGGUUGAGUUAACGUUAAUUUCCCGCACUGUGUAACCGCCGUGAGAUCAACCCCCGCUAGCCAGCUCUCUUUUUGACAGCCGGCUAGAUAGCAAAGAGUCAGAGAGAGGAGAGAGGCAAGCAGAGAGAGAGGAGACUCAAACAGUGCCAGUGUUGCACGGCAGAUGAGAGGAUGAUUCAUGUGUGAGAGGCAGAGCCCGGCGCAGAGCAGGCAGCCUUGUGGACCAGCAUUCAGACCCAGGAUCAGCCCAGCCUUCUCAGAGCUGGAGACCCUCUCUCCGCAACGUCCCUCGUCUCCACCUCGUGCCCCCUUCAGUGACAUGUAUCCCGAAGAGAGCCGGGGGUCUGGAGGGGUAGCCACUGUGGACUUCCUAGAAGGGACAUAUGACUACGCCGCCCCCACCCCAGCCCCGACUCUUUACAGCCACUCCACCACUGGCUACUACUCUGCUCCUCUGGACGCCCACGGACCACCCUCAGAUGGCAGCCUUCAGUCUCUGGGAAGUGAGCCGAACAGUCCUCUCGUGUUCGUGCCCUCCAGCCCCCGACUCAGUCCCUUCAUGCACCCACCCAGCCACCAUUAUUUGGAAACCACCUCAACACCCGUCUACAGGUCCAGUGGCCCAUCCAGUCAGCAGCCAGUUUCCAGGGAGGACCAGUGCGGCACCAGUGACGAGGCAUACAGUAUGGGGGAGUCGGGGGCUGGAGCCAGGGCCGUGGGGUUUGAGAUGACAAAAGAGACGCGUUUCUGUGCCGUGUGCAGUGACUAUGCCUCUGGGUACCACUAUGGGGUGUGGUCCUGUGAGGGCUGCAAGGCCUUCUUUAAGAGGAGCAUUCAGGGUCACAAUGACUAUAUGUGCCCAGCAACCAAUCAGUGCACUAUUGACAGGAAUCGGAGGAAGAGCUGCCAGGCGUGCCGUCUUAGGAAGUGUUACGAAGUGGGCAUGAUGAAAGGAGGUGUGCGUAAGGACCGCGGGCGUGUUUUGCGGCGUGACAAACGACGGACUGGCACCUGUGGCAGGGACAAGGCCUCUAAGGACCUGGAGCAUAGGACAGUGCCCCCUCAGGACGGGAGGAAACGCAGCAGUGCCUAUGGUGAAGAAGGACAAUCACUGCUGCUUGGCAUGCCUCCUGACCAGGUGCUCCUCCUGCUCCAGGGUGCUGAGCCUCCCAUACUGUGCUCUCGUCAGAAGCUGAGCCGACCCUACACCGAGGUCACCAUGAUGACCCUGCUCACCAGCAUGGCCGAUAAGGAGCUGGUCCACAUGAUCACCUGGGCCAAGAAGCUUCCAGGUUUCCUGCAGCUCGGCCUCCAUGACCAGGUGCAGCUGCUGGAGAGCUCCUGGCUGGAGGUGCUGAUGAUCGGGCUCAUCUGGAGGUCCAUCCACUGCCCCGGCAAACUCAUCUUUGCCCAGGACCUCAUACUGGACAGGACCGAAGGCAACUGUGUCGAAGGCAUGGCUGAGAUCUUUGACAUGCUGCUGGCCACUGCCUCCCGCUUCCGCUUGCUCAAACUCAAACCCGAGGAGUUUGUCUGUCUCAAAGCCAUCAUCUUGCUCAACUCUGGUACCUUCUCUUUCUGCACCGGCACAAUGGAGCCCCUCCACGACACCACAGCGGUGCAGAACAUGCUGGACACCAUCACAGAUGCUCUCAUACAUCAUAUCAGCCAGUCGGGAUGCUCGGUUCAGCAGCAGUCGAGACGGCAGGCCCAGCUGCUGCUUCUGCUCUCACACAUCAGGCACAUGAGCAACAAAGGCAUGGAGCAUCUCUACAGCAUGAAGUGCAAGAACAAAGUGCCUCUGUACGACCUGCUGCUGGAGAUGCUGGAUGCUCACCGCAUCCAACGCCCUGACAAACCAGGUCAGACCUGGUCCCAGGCUGAUGGAGAGCCUCCCUCCACCACCAGCACCAGCACCAGCAGCAGCGGUGGUUCCUCUUCUUCAGCUGGCUCCAGUUCAGGAUCCCGAGUCAGCCACCAGAACCCGAGCAGAGCCCCCACAGUCCUGCAGUACGGUGGGUCCCGCUCUGACUGCACCCACAUCCUAUGAGACGGCAACAUCUGAGGGUCAAAAGUCAUUUUUAUGGGGGAUGUGUGUCGUACAGAAUGAGAGGGGUUUGGGAAUGAAAUAUAAAAGUUGUAUUUGAAUUCAUUUCAUGAGAUAAUUAUUUAUGAAUUAAGUGAUUUUAUAGUUGUAGCUGUUUGGGAGAAAUUUUCCUUGUGCUGCAUUUUCUGUCAGUCUCUGCCAGCUUUACAGUACAGCUUAUUAUUUACAGACGUCAGCAGCUCAUAUUGUGGCGCUCUGUCAGCUACGGUGAUUUGAAAUGAUGAGCAGCUGAUUGUCUUUUCAUUCGCCUCGACCAAAGUGCACUUCCUCUUGGGUUUAAGGGGCUAUUGGGCAUUAUAGUAACUUUUACAUAUUAAGGCUGAUUAUUCGCUAAAAUAUGAUAAAACUGGUUCAAAUGAAUGUGUAAUUUAUUUUGUGUUCAAAUUUCAACAAAGACAAAAACAUCAGGUAUCGUGUCUCUUGCACACAUGUAGUUUUA